AUGACGAUAAUGAAUUGCGUUUCGUUUUCUUCUUCAAUUUCAAUUCCAUCCCCAAUUUCAAGACAACAACAACCCUAUAAACACCUCGCUUUCUCUUCCUCUUCCUCUCUAUAUUCCACUUCAAGGGUUUCGAUUACUCCACGUAAGCAAUUCAGAAGAAACAAUGGUUUCACUUGCAACGCACUUUUCGGAUUAGGUGUACCCGAACUCGUCGUUAUCGCCGGUGUUGCCGCCAUCGUUUUUGGACCCAAGAAAUUGCCUGAAGUUGGUCGCAGCAUCGGUAAAACUGUCAAAAGCUUCCAACAGGCAGCAAAGGAGUUUGAGUCGGAGCUUAAAAAGGAACCUGAUUCCGCAAGAGGGGAGCCAUCUGAGAAACCUAUUGCUGUGAGCGAACAGGAGAAGCAAGAUACUGAGGUGUCUAGUUCUAAGGAUAAUGUAUGA